CCUAGGCCAAAAGGGACUGCGGACGCCAAAGUCAGGUAGGACUGUUCCAGUGAUGGCGUGAGAUCCAAGUCCCGACCGGAUGCUAAAACGUCCCCUCCAUGAGGAAGGAGGGGAGGAGAAGAGACCUCGCAGAGAGGAGGGCGAGUGCACGCCCACCUUCAAGCUCCUGGCGCCAAAGACCUUGGCAAGCGCCAUUCAGUUUAGCCAGUCCGUCAUUGAAAAUGCAGCCCAAGGCAAGCUGCACAUGACCGAGCCGGAUGAUGUUUACCCUGGCACAGACCAGCAGGUUGUCACCAUAGAGUCUUCCGCAUGGGGCUAUAUCGUGGCUGCCUUGCAGCACAUUCUGGCAAUGGUCAACAACUGCUCGGAGUGCAUCAUGCCGGGCCAUGACGAUGAGAGGCGGCUUGCGGUGGUGAUGCCCUCCCGGUCCAUUAGUGCCCUCAUUGGAGUGAAAGGCGCCAAUGUCAAGGAGCUUCAGCUGAGAACCGGCUGCCAUAUACACGUGGACGAUGUGGCCAUAGGCCAUGGUCCAGGAGGGGAUCGAGCCGUGAAUGUCAACGGCUUGCCCCCGGGUCUUGCCCAAGCCAUCGUUCGCACCGUGGAGGUUGUGCAAGAGUCUCACGACCAAGUUUGGUUCAGAAAGUGGGCAGAGCGGAGCAAUGCCGAGCGGCUUGAGCAAGAGCAGGCUCCUCCGCUCCGCGGUGGACAGGCCCAAAGGAACAGCGAUGAUGGCAUUGGAAGCAUGAUGGGCAUGGCCGCCAUGAUGGGAAGCAUGAUGGGCGGAAUGGGGGUGAUGAGUGGAAUGGGCGGUAUGGGUGGCUGUGGUCCCUGUCGCCCCUGUAGUCCCUGUGGUCCCUGUGGCAUGGGUGGCUGUAGCAUGGGUGCGCCUUGCGGUGGCUGCGGUAGCUGUGGCGGUUGUGGCUGUGGAGGCGGCGGCUGCGGCUGUGCUGGCUGUGGUUGCGGCAGCUGCGGUUGUGGCGGUUGUGGCGGCGGUUGCGGCAACUGUGGCGGCUGUAGUUGUGGCGGCUGCAGUGGUAACAGCUGCAGUUGUGGAGGUUGCUGCGGCGGCUGCGGCAUGGGCGGCAUGGGCAACGACAUGGGCGCCUGUGGGCGCAUGGGCAGCAUGGGCGGGGCAGACCUUGUGAUGCAUGUCAUGGAGGACAUGCCCGCCUUCGUAAUUCAAGACCCCCGUGGGUUUCAGCUGCGAAGCGCUGUUCCAGCUGGAAUGGCAGAGGCUUUGCAGCCCAAGGCUGCACAGGUCAUGGGGUCUACGAAUACGAAGAUCAGCUUCAGUGACUUCAACUCCGCCUCGCGGGUCAUGAGUGUGGAGGGUCCUCUCUUCAACAUUUGCGCUGGCUUCAUGCUAAUGAUGCGACGCUAUUUGGAGAUAGAGAGGGAUGGCUUUUGAGCAAUUGCUCACAAGUAGCUAGGCGAGGCACGCGGAUGCGUCGACCAAUGGCUCCCGGAGGAGCUCAUGGAAUCAAAAGAUCUUUGGUCUCCAUGGGGCUGACCCUCAUGGUGCGGCUUCUCCGUCUAGUUUCACCCCGUCCCCCCCCAUUAUCAGCCAGAGAGCAGGGCCCCAGAGCCGGCAGAUCCUGCGUCACGCA